UCAAAACUUUGGGGGCCCAGUCCCUGGACCCAUUACGUACCUCUGUAAUCUGUAAAUACCUUUGUAACUUGUCAUGAUUGUGACAAGACUUACCUGGAGUUCAUUACCUUUGUAAAUUGUGAGUUCAUUACCUUUGUAAAUUGUGAGUUCAUUACCUCUGUAACUUGCUCAGCUAUCAAAACUUUGGAGUCCAGUCCCUGGACCAAUUAUGUACCUCUGUAAUCUUUUGACUACCGCCCACAGGAUGGGUAUGGGGUGCAUAAUAAACAUAUUAAACUAAACAUCGGGAAGUCGGGUUCGAUACGGCAUAAGCUGUCACUGACCCUUAUAAACCCCAACAAACAAGUUUUCCUCUGGGUCUUUCUACCUUCUUUAUUUACGUCAGGAUUUGGUAAAAAUUUCUUCCUGGACACGGACAGAUAACUGAGUAAGGUUGAUGGUGGUGGUAAUACUUCCAAGCUGACAUAUUGAAGAAACAAUACUAAUAAUCAAGAAAUUUUCACAUAAGUGAAACUAAACUUGAUCUACUGAACAAGUUAACACAGUAAUUGAGAACUGACAUAAAACAGACAUUUUAUUAGCUCUGUGUAUUAAAAAUUUUUUGCACAAAUCCUCUCUUGUACAACAUGACAGAUGUUAUAAGAAAAAACCCAUACCAGUGCCCCAAAUGUUUUAAAGAUUUGUCAAAUAAAUUUAACCUUGAAAGACACAUAAAGAACCAUCUAGAGAAGCCACACCAGUGCUCAGAGUGUCUGAAGAAAUUCAAAGAAACAAUUGAUUUUGAGCGACACAUGAAGGUGCAUACUGGAGAGAAGGAAUACAAGUGUUCACACUGCUUGGCUGGGUUUUCAAAGAAGUCUGAGUUAGUUAAACAUAAUAGGAUUCACACAGGAGAAAAACCAUAUCAGUGUCUUCAGUGUCUUAAAACAUUUUCCCUAAACUCUUACUUAGCAAAACACAUGAAGGUCCAUUCAGAAGAUAAACCUUUUGAGUGUCCUGAGUGCACUAAAUGCUUUAAAAGGAAAACUGAGUUACUUGACCACACAAGGAUUCACACUGGAGAGAAACCAUUUCAGUGUCCUCAGUGUUUAAAAACUUUCACGCAGAAAUCUAAUUUAAGAAAACACGUGAAGAUACAUACAACCGACAAACCGCAUCAGUGCUCAGUGUGUUUGAAAAACUUUAAAAGAAAAAGUGAUGUAAAUACACACAUGACCAUUCAUACUGGAGAGAAACCAUAUAAAUGCUUUGAAUGUCUUAAAAGUUUCACACAAAAUUCCGGUUUAAUAAAACACAUGAGAACUCAUACGGGAGAGAAGCGUUAUCGAUGCAACGAGUGCUUGAAAAACUUUGCGUACAAACAUAAUCUCAUAAAUCACAUGAGAGUUCACACAAAGAACAUUGUACAUCAACAUCAGUACAAGGGAAAAAUGCACCAGUGUUUAAAAUGCCCAAAAAAGUAUUCAAGAAAAUGUGAUCUACUGUCACAUGUGAGAGUCCAUACAGGUGAGAGACCGUUACCCUGCCUUGUGUGUCCUAAAAAAUUUAAGCAGAGAUCUAAUUUAUCAAAACACACGAGGAUUCACAGAGCAGAAGCGCCGUAUAAACACUCAGUAUCGCUUAGAAACUUUAAACGAAAAUGUGAUUUGUUAGGUCAUAGAAUGGUUCAUUCAGAAGACAAGCCAUACCAGUGUCUUGAGUGUCUCCAAGACUUUUCAUAAAACUAUUUUAGCAAAAUAGUGUGUUCAGGUGGGAAUAUUGUCACACUGAAGUUACCCCUUGUAGAAGUAGAGGCGUAAAUAAUAGUGAAAAAUACCAUUAAUGAAAAGAACACGUUCAAUAAUUAUACUUAGAGAUAGUCCAUUUGGAAUAUUCUGUGGCCCAGUAAGAAUAUUCAGUGGUCCAGUAAGAAUAUUCUGUGGUCGAGUGAGAAUAUUCUGUGGCCUAGUAAGAAUAUACUGUGGUCCAAUAAGAAUAUACUGUGUUCCAGUAAGAAUAUUCUGUGGUCCAGUAAGAGUAUAUGUACUACUGUGGUCCAAUAAGAAUAUACUGUGUUCCAGUAAGAAUAUUCUGUGGUCCAGUAAUAAUAUUCUGUGGUCCAGUGAGAAUAUUCUGUGGCCCAGUAAGAAUAUACUGUGGUUGAAUAGGAAUAUUAUGUGGUCCAGUAAGAAUAUUCUGUGGUCCAGUGAGAAUAUUGUGUGGUCCAGUAAGAAUAUUCUGUGGUCCAGUAGGAAUAUUCUGUGAUCCAGUGAGAAUACUCUGUGGCCCAGUAAGAAUAUACUGUGGUCCAAUAAGAAUAUACUGUGUUCCAGUAAGAAUAUACUGUGGUCCAAUAAGAAUAUUCUGUGGUCCAGUAAGAUUAUACUGUGGUCCAGUAAGAAUAUUCUGUGGUCCAGUAAGAAUAUUCCAUGGUCCAAUAAAAAUAUACUGUGGUCCAAUAAGAAUAUUCUGUGGUCCAGUAAGAUUAUACUGUGGUCCAGUAAGAAUAUUCUGUGGUCCAGUAAGAAUAUACUGUGGUCCAGUAAGAAUAUACUGUGGUCCAGUAAGAAUAUUCUGUAGUCCAGUAAGAAUGUACUGUGGUCCAGUAAGAAUAUACUGUGGUCCAAUAAGAAUAAUCUGUGGUCUGGUAAGAAUAUUCUGUAGUCCAGUAAGAAUGUACUGUGGUCCAGUAAGAAUAUACUGUGGUCCAGUAAGAAUAUUCUGUUGUCCAAUAAGAAUAAUCUGUGGUCCAGUAAGAAUAUUCUGUAGUCCAGUAAGAAUGUACUGUGGUCCAGUAAGAAUAAUCUGUGGUCUGGUAAGAAUAUUCUGUAGUCCAGUAAGAAUGUACUGUGGUCCAGUAAGAAUAUUCUGUGGUCCAAUAAGAAUAAUCUGUGGUCCAGUAAGAAUAUUCUGUGGUCCAGUAAGAAUAUACUGUGGUCCAGUAAGAAUAUUCUGUGGUCCAAUAAGAAUAAUCUGUGGUCUGGUAAGAAUAUUCUGUAGUCCAGUAAGAAUGUACUGUGGUCCAGUAAGAAUAUACUGUGAUCCAGUAAGAAUAUACUGUGGUCCAGUAAGAAUAUUCUGUGGUCCAGUAAGAAUAUUCUGUGGUCCAGUAAGAAUAUUCUGUGGUCCAGUAAGAAUAUACUGUGGUCCAGUAAGAAUAUUCUGUGGUCCAGUAAGAAUAUUCUGUGGUCCAGUAAGAAUAUUCUGUAGCUCAGCAAAAAUAUACUGUGGGCCAGUAAGAAUAUUGUGUGGUCUAGUUAGAAUAUUGUGUGGUCCAGUAAGAAUGUACUGUGGUUCAGUAAGAAUAUUCUGUAGCUCAGCAAAAAUAUACUGUGGUCCAGUAAGAAUUUUCUGUGGUCCAGUAAGAAUGUACUGUGGUUCAGUAAGAAUAUUCUGUGGUCCAGUAAGAAUAUUCUGUGGUCCAGUUAGAAUAUUCUGUAGUUCAGUAAUAUUCUGUGGUUCAGUAAGAAUAUUCUGUAGUUCAGUAAGAUUCUGUGGUUCAGUAAGAAUAUUCUGUAGUUCAGUAAGAUUCUGUGGUUCAGUAAGAAUAUUCUGUAGUUCAGUAAGAUUCUGUGGUUCAGUAAGAAUAUUCUGUGGUCCAGUAAGAAUAUUCUGUGGUCCAGUAAGAAUAUUCUGUGGUCCAGUAAGAAUAUUCUGUGAUCCAGUAAGAAUAUUCUGUGGUCCAGUAAGAAUAUUCUGUGAUCCAGUAAGAAUAUUCUGUAGCUCAAUAAGAAUAUUCUGUGGUCCAGUAAGAAUAUUCUGUAGCUCAGUAAAAAAUAUACUGUGGGUCAGUAAGAAUUUUGUGUGGUCCAGUUAGAAUAUUGUGUGGUCCAGUAAGAAUAUUCUUUGGUCCAGUAAGAAUAUUGUGUGGUCCAGUAAGAAUAUACUGUGUCCACAAAUAAAAGCUCAUUGAGUCAACACCACUAAAGAUAGGAUAAGAUUGUGUACAGAUUUUUAACCCUGGUAGGUUAGCCACCCAGGAUGCCCCAAGAAAGUCAGUGCAUCAUCAAGGACUGUCUUAUUUCCAAUGGGGUCCUUAAAUCUUGUCCCCCAGGAUACCACCCACACCAGUCGAUUAUCACCCGGGUACCUACUUGCUAGAUGAAUGGGACAACAGAUGUAAGGAAACACACCCCAAUGUUUCCACCCAUGCCAGGAAUCAAACCAUGAACACUCAGUGUGUAGGGCGAGUGUGUUGUCUACUAGGCCACGGGACACUGGUGAUUUUCACCACCUAUGGUGUAUAAAUAUACCUAGUUGGAUGAAUCUUAUUGUAGCCAGCUGGCUCAGUGGCUAAUGCAUUGGUCUGGAGUUUUACAAUCUCUACCACAGGUUCAAGCCCUGCCUGUGGUAUGGUUUAGUUAAUUAACGCUAGAGGUGGAAUGAGCCAACAUUAGGCUAAAAGAAUAAAGUAAGUUCUAA